UUAUAUUGAAGAUUUUAUCAAUAUUAAUUUUACAUAAAAUGCAGACUUUAAAGAAUUUACCAAAUACCGGCUCAGAAAGAAAUAAGAAGGGUGAAAACAGAAAGACGAAUAACAACCAGAUUAGAAAAGAAAUGUCUAAUCCUCCAAAAUUUGGUAAUGUUAGAGCAGGUCAAUCAGGUGUAAACUACCCUAAAGUUAAUAAGAAAUAGUGAAGUGAACCAAAACAAGGAAGCCUUUAAUAAUCAUCCUGCUUUAAAUUUUGAGAAAUCACCGAAAUAUCUACAUCCUUCUGACCUAAAUCAGAAGAUGGAUCAAUAUCAGGAGAUAAAGAACCUUGUUGAUAUUAAAUCACCAAUGCAUCCAAUGACGGCUCUUUUUCAGAAGGAAGCUAAUAUGGGGUUAACUCCAUUCAACCAAAUAUCACCAAACCAUACCGAUCUACAGGAAUUUCGUAAAACUAUUGCGUUAUGUGGAAAGCACUUCGAACAAACCGGAUUAAGAAAGUUUGUCGGACAGAAUGGAUCCGAGUCUGAUGAACCAGGACUUCCUCAAGACGUCCCUGAAUUUGCACUCAAAGAUUUGAACAAAGAUUCCAUAUCAGAUGUUCACUCACUUAGUGAGAAGAGAACUCAUAAAAACAACCCGAGUGACGUAGACUUCCUUAGCCCUCUUUUACAUGGGAAUGAGACUCCAGGUUUAUUUGAGGAUCUAGAAUCCGAAAAGGUUUUAGGAGAUUUAGUUAAUAAAGAACCAAAGAAUGAAAACAUCCAAACGGCUAAAUUCACCAAGAGUAAGUCGAAACUGGCUACCAAGAAUAAAAGAGUCAAGAUAGGUGAAAACAGUGAGCUCGGAUUAUGUAACGAAAAGAAUAGUUUCCUUGAGGCUAUUCUCAAGCCUAUGGAAAGCUCCCCUACUCUCUCACAAAGGAAAGACAUGGGAAGUUCCAGAAAUGGCAUAAGCAAACUCAGGACAGUAUUCAUGAAAAGAGAAAGUAGCCCAAAAUGUCAGAAUUCUUCAAAGAAUUCGAAGAAUGAGACACCAAGGGUUCGCAAAAGUUCAAGGCUUGUUAAUAAAGAGGCUAAUUUGGAGGAAUGUAAAGGAUGCACUUGUAAGAGGUCAAAGUGUAUUAAACUCUAUUGAGAAUGCUUUCUUUCUCAAAAAUUUUGUUCACCAUCUUGCACAUGAAAUGACUGUGAAAAUAUGCAAGAAAAUGAAGAAGAGAUCUCUAAAAUUCGAAAUAAAAUACUCUCUAGAAACCCAAAAGCUUUUGAAAAGAAGUUGCAAGUACAAGUGGCUCCUUUGGGAUUACAAGAAUCGAGUAAGGCUAAAUCUCUUCCAGGUUCUAAAAAUGUGCGUCAUAUAAAAGGCUGAACUUGUAAACGAUCAAAAUGUAUAAACAACUACUGUGAGUGCCACCAGCAUGGUGCUAGGUGUACUGAGCUAUGCUCAUGUACGGAUUGUCAGAACCCUAUAGAAUAAGUUAUCAGAAGUCUUCCAUUAUCAUCAUUUCUCACUUAUAAUAAUUUUCUA